AAGAGGAGUCCUUCCAUCAUCAAGAUGCGACCGGAUGGCUGUGUCGCCUAGUGCCUGUCUCAGGCUAGAGGUUCCGUCACCAAACGAAAUGGCGGAGGCUUCGGUGGUGGCGUGGGUUCGCGGCCCCGGUACCUUGUGGAAGGCGCUGCCGUGUACCUCGGCUGGGUGCUCCGUGCGCGAUGUGAUCUACCGACACUGUCAGGAACAGGAAAUUCCCGUGGAAUGCUUCUUUGUGAAGUGCAAUGGAGUCCUCGCGGCUGCUGGUGACAAGGUGCAGCAUGGAGCUGUGUACAGUUUGGAGCCCAGGCUUUGUGGGGGGAAAGGAGGUUUUGGGUCUAUGCUUCGAGCACUUGGUGCUCAGAUAGAGAAAACAACCAACCGAGAAGCCUGCCGGGAUCUCAGUGGGAGGAGAUUACGAGAUGUCAAUCAUGAGAAAGCGAUGGCUGAGUGGGUAAAACAGCAAGCCGAGCGCGAGGCUGAAAAGGAGCAAAGGCGCCUGGAGAGACUGCAGCGGAAGCUCGCGGAGCCGGCGCACUGCUUCGCCAGCCCAGAAUACCAGAGGCAGUGCCACGAGAUGGCAGAGCGGCUGGAGGAUUCCGUCCUCAAAGGUAUGCAGGCUGCCUCCAGCAAGAUGGUAUCAGCAGAAAUCACUGAGACUCGAAAACGGCCAAACAAAUCAAAAACGGACCACGGAGCUGGUGCAAAGAAAAAGAAAUGCUUUUGGUUGGGCAUGGAAGGACUAGAGGCUGCAGAGGGAUCCAGUGCUGGAAGCUCAGAUGAUGACAGCUCAGGUGAUGAUGGUGACAAUGCUCCUGGGACCUCGGAGCCAAGCUGCUGUGCUCUGGAAAAUAGCAGAGACGGUGUCGAGGUGGCAGCCGACCAUCCAGGCAGUUCUCAGAGCUCGGGCUCUGGUAUGCACUCUAAGUUGCCCGAAAGCCUUCAGAAUCCUGUGACUGAGCCUGGGCAGGGCGUUUUGGAGAACACAGGAAGUGAGCCAGGAGAGACAUCUGACAAGGAGGACAACGAGAGGAAGACCGCCACAGGAACAGAGGUGACCCCAGCAAGGAAGGAAACAGAGAGUCCUGAGCCCAUAGAGAAGGACCAAAUGACCGGAAUGUCUGUUGGGGACAGAGCUGCCACGACUUUGUCUGAAGACAGGAAAAGCGUCCCUGCUGCUAACCUGGGGGGAAGCGUCUCAGGAGACACAGCUCUGGGUCUGGAAGCUGUGGAUCUGUCUGCAUUCAGCUCUGCAGCCGAGUUGGAGUCGCUGGGUUUGGAGAGGCUCAAGUGUGAACUGAUGGCCCUCGGGCUGAAGUGCGGGGGCACCCUGCAGGAGCGCGCAGCCAGGCUCUUCGCUGUCAGGGGCCUCGCCAAGGAGCUCAUUGACCCAGCAUUGUUUGCCAAGCCUUGGAAAGGGAAGAAGAAGUAAAUGUCCACCAGAGGCGCUGCUGGUGCUCGACACUCUGCCCAUGUCACAGACUUGUGGCCAGCGUUCCUUUUGAUACUAAAAGCCACUUUUUUAAUAAUUUGGUUCUAACUAGUCUCUUCUCAGUGGUACCUGGGCUUGAGGUUGCAUUGGAGGAGAAAAGUUUUGUAUGUUAUUUUUAGUUUUCGAUAUUUUUUUAUAAGAGCCUUAUUCUGAAGCCCAGACUGACCAAGAAGGGCGUAGUUCACUUUAGUCUCAAACUUGCAGUGAUCCUCCUGUCUCAGGCAUGAGCUGCUGCUAUACCUGCUUUGUCAGAGGUUUAUACAUUUCUUUGACUUUAUAUAUUGUACCACUUGGGUAAGAUAAUUUCAAGAAAUUUAUUUGUGUAACCUAAAGCAGUCAUGUUUGUAGAUACAAUUAUUCAUAACUUUUAUUUUUAAAAUUUGUUUUUCUCUCUCUAGUAGUGUGUGCAUGUGUUACCUGGGAUGGGUGGAGCCCUGCUGCCCCCAGGCCUCUCACAUUGGGUUUUUUCCAGCUGGAGGCCUGGUUUAUUUGGUUUACAAAGAAUCUGUUUUGGCUUUGUGGACUUUUCUCAGUUGCUGAUCUUAUUGGCUUUUGAAUUUUAUUUCCUCUCCUACCUGCCUUGUGUGUAUCAUUUUUCUUUAGCUCCUUCAGUCUUGAUCACUGAUUAUAGAUUUUAUUUUUUUUAUUAUUAUUAUUUUUUUUUUUUUUAGUGUAUUUCCCAGUUAGCAAAUAUUUGUAUUUUCUGUAAAUGUUUUAUUGAUACUGACUGUUCAGGACAGACGGUACCGGCAUUGGGCAUUGGAGGAUUUUUUUAUGACUGACCCAGGAUAGGGUGUGACGGGUCCCUGCCAUGUGUUGGUGGGAAGAACAUGCACUCAGUUGGCAGCAGGGUGCGCUCUGGAACACCUGUUCUGUGAGGGCUUGGUCAGAUCAUUCGGAUGACCUGCCCUUGCUGGUUUAUUUUCAUAAGGAACUAAGAGAAAACUCAAAUCUCAAUUAUGAUUGUGGCAAUUGCCUUUUUUUGAGAUUAAAAAUAACUUCACUAGCAUUUGCUAAAUUGUUGGUUGUCUAGUAAUUCAUUGAUUUUAUAUUCAUAUAUUUCAGCAUUACCUUAAAAUGUCUGGCUCUGAUGGGUUUUGGAUUUUUUUCAUCUGACAAUUCACACACACGGACACAGCGUGUCCUGAUCAGGUCCACCGUGUUUGUGUUUUUCCUUUAGCUCUUCUGUUUUCACUCUCUAUCUUAAGGCUGCUGUUAGUUCACUCCUCUUGUACUUACUGAACGGUGUAUCAUGAAGUUCCCGUCAUCUCUGUGAGCUCCCUGUUCUUCUGUAGUACCUGAAGCACGGACUCCAGCUUUGUCUUCGUUUCCACAGCACUGUGUUCUCUUCCUCCCUCCUUGCUCCUCCUGUCUACGGUGGCUUUCUACACACAGCAGCAUUGUCUCUCAUUUGUGUCUGUUCUGACUUGUCAUCAUCGGCGUCCUCAUCAUCUGGUCCCUGUCUCUGAUGACAGGCCGGUGGUGAGUCACAUGGUUGUCUCAGUCGUGACGUUUUCUCUGGGGAGUUUUCAGGUGUGCCUAAUGUGGUCUGCUUAUCUGCCCUGGAGUUCUGUGAGCUUCAUGGUUUUGUAUAUUUAUUCCAUUCAUUAAAUUUGGAAACAUUUUAA